ACACCGGCAAAAACAAGUUAUCGAUGACGCAGCGAUUGCAGAUUGUCAAGGAGGUCCAGGGGGGGGCUAAAAGGAGCAUGGUUACUGCAUUGUGGAACGUCGGUACUUCGGACAUAAGCAAGUUGAUGAACCCGGAGAAAAUCGCUGAGCUUGAGAAAGUCCGCGACAUGGAGUUCAACCAGGACGCCCUUCGCGCCCCGAAGCCGGUACACGACGAAGUGGAAGAGAAACUACGCAAGUGGAUCAAGAUCGCACGAGCACGCUUUAACGUAAGCAACCAAGAUUGGCGUGAGUGGUUCGAUGAUCCAGGCCCAGGCCUUGAAGAUCGCGGCGCAGAUGGGAAGACCAACUUCAAGGCGGCCAACGUCUGGCUACAUGGCUUCCUGAAACGCUACAGCUUCACUCACGUCCACUUGCACGGAGGAGCUGGCGACGUGGACAAGCAGAAGGUGGCAGAGGAGAUCGAAAGGAUUCGUGAGCAGCUGCAGGAGUUCGACGUCGAGUUCAUAUUUAACAUGGACGAGACGGGACUUUUCUUCCGCUGCUUCCCGAGAGGUACAUACGUCACGAGGGGGGAGGCCGCCGCCGGCGUCAACAGCAAAACCGCGCGGGGUUCGAAGGCUAUGAAGGCCACGGAUUUGUGCACGGUGGUCGCCUGCUGCAAUACGACCGGGUCUCUGAUGGUGCCGUUGGCCGUCAUCAGCACGUCGGAAAAAACGAUGGUUUUCCGCCACGUCCGCAAACCGCCAUGUCCCUACUUCGCCCAGGAUAGUGCCUGGCUCGACGCAGCCAUUUGCCAGCGGUGAUUUGACGAAGUCUUUGUCCCCUUCGUCAAAGGCAAGACCUCCAAGAAGGGGGCCCUCUUGUGGGACAACUGCCCCGGCCACAAGAUCAAAAGCAACGACCCGGAGAUCGUCAUCAUUUUUAUCUUCUUGCCUCCGAUCGUCACUUCUGUCUACCAGCCCAUGGACAUGGGCAUCCUGUUUGUACUCAAGUGCCAGUACAAGACCGAGAUGGUGGCAAGGCUGGCAGACCUCAUCGAGGACUGGGACGCCGUCCGUGCACGAAAAUCCAAAGAGGGUGCCGGGGCCUCAGCGAUGCAGUACAGGCGACAAUCCUGGACGUCACGGAGAUCUGGACCCAGAAGUGGCGUAGCUUCGACGUUCAGACGGUUAUCAGGUGCUGGGUCAAGGCUGGCAUCCUUCCCAGGGAGGACUGCAACGUUCUGAAGGGCAUGGACACGCGGCUUGACCGAGAGGACAAGGACGACGCGGCAAUCAUCGACGGCCUUUGUGACAUGGUCUCAGAAAUGUCGAUGUCAGUUAGCGUAACGGACUAUAGGUCCAUGCCGCGAGUGUUGACGGACAAUUUGUUUGUCGACAAGGGCACAGACCUCACAGAGCAGGAAGUCCGAACGGCGGUCAAGACAUGGCUUACGGUAGAGGACGACCCCAAGGUGUUAGAAGAGGAGGUGGAGUUGGAACUGUAGGGAGUAGAGAGGGAUCUCGCAGGCUUAGAAAUGGACGACGACGUAUCGAGCGAAGAGGGCGACGGCGACGGCAGGCCGGAGUCGUGCAUAACCUCGUCCCUCACCGAGGGCGAGGUUGUCUCUCGCUUGGAGGACGUUCGAUCCUAUUUGUACGCGAAGGGAAGGGGUGGCAAGUACCGUGAGACGCCGUACCUACUUUCGAAUACCGUUCAUUCGUUUACUCAUAAAACUCAACAGAGCCGUAGAGCCAAGCCGCGGGGGGAGGUUCAGGGAACUCUUCGCGAUAUGUGGAGGGAAAAGCCGUCAGGGUAGCUUGGUCUCCGCCGGGACAGUUAUGUGUACUGAUGUUCCUCGGUGCGACGCUGAAAUGCGCUCGUUUUUUGUGUGUUUCACGGGAAUGAGAUAAAUAUAUAUUUCUACUUGGACUUUCCUCCUU